GUUGCUUGGAGACGGUUAACAAGAAGCAGUUACCAAACCGGGUUUCCUCUGAAACUGAUCUCACAACUUCUUUUACCAGUGUAGAAAUGCUGAAUUUUCGUAUAAAUUGAAAGUGUCAGGAGCAUGUCCUCAGCAUCAGCAUCCUCACAAAGCCCCUCCUGCAAUGAGGAUGGUUUCCCCCAGUCUGCUGGUAAAGAACUGAUGCUUCCAGUGAGUGGGAUGGACACAAAUAUACUAAAAGCCAGGCUGAUAUCAAUGGCGCCAAGCCAGAUUGCUCCAAAUCCACAGGCUUUGAAAUUUUCACACAGCACAAAGUCUCAGGACAGAAGAAGAGCAAGACAGCAAGCAAUUAAACUGGAACCUUUGCCUGUACUGAAGACAUAUCAAGAUCACAAGCAGCCUGAAUAUAUAUACCGGAAGAACAGAGAACAGUUAGUCAAUUCUAGGUGGCAACCCUCUGCCAUUGGAGCUGACAUAAGACCUCGACCAUCAUCUGUUGAAAAAUUAACAUCAAAAGGUCAUCUACCUGAACUUCCAGCUGAUUUGAAAGAGAAACAGAUACUGCUGGACCAGAGUAGGACUUUGUCUCCUACACCACCAAAGAAGCCCCGUAUUUCAGGAUGCAGAUCAGUUUUUUGCACUAAACCUCCUCCAGCCAUGAAAUUCAAUUCAGCUGAGGAGGUCAUCAGAGCUAAGAUUCAUGAUCCUUUGCAAAUUAUCAGUAUCAUUCGGAAUAAUGAUCAACUUGGAUUCCUUUACAUGACACCUGCUGUUCCCAAGUCAUCAAUUCAAUAUGACACAUACAACCUAAAGAUUGUUACCCAUGAACACAUCAAUAAGCAUGACUACUACACUAUCAGUCAGCGUGGAGUUACUCAUACCUGGAGUGGGGAGGUUGACUUUCUGGAUCUGGACCGUUGGGAGCAGGAGUAUUUGUACCAUAAACGACUGUUGCAGAUUCCAGCAUUCUCACUGUUUCGCAAAUGGAAGGCUUUUAAAGUCUGGAAGACAAAUGUGCGUUCUAAGAAGAUUAAUGAAUGCAGAAAGGCACUGCAGGAUCACUUGUUCAUUGUGAAUGAUUCUUUGCGUCCUGCAAUACUUAAUAUCCGAGAAAUGUGUUACCGGAUCAGUGACAUGGGACUUUGCCGUAUUGAGAAGGGCUGCACCUAUACUUUGAAAAAUUUCAGAAAUGCUCAGUUUAAACAGCUUGAAGAGGUUGCUUCUCGUUUGGCAGAGUUUAGGGAACUUGUGAAAGAAGUAGCAAGAAGUGCCUGUCGCACUGCUUUACUUGAAGCUGGAUAUACCCCUGAUGAUUAUUUCAACAAUGCAGAGGAUGGAGGGGCAACAGGUUCCAACUUUCUAGGGCACUCAGAUGGAGACAUGGAGAUGAUGUAUGGCGACUCCCAAGAGAAAAUGACCUACACAGAGCAGGCAAAUAAAAGGGCCCAUUGUAGGAGGCUAACAUGCUUUAUUCGGCUUGCUGAUUACCUCAUUGUUAACACAAUGCACAUCUUGGCAGUAAAUUCAGUAACUACUUUGCUGAACUAUCUCAAAGAGCAAGUUAAACAAACUGCUACACUAGAUGUCAUUAGAAGCUGGGGAACAGAGAAACAAGUAAAAGCUGAAGAUUCUGAGAAAAAGACAACUGUAGAACAGGAUAAUGAAGAAACGUGUAUUCCAAUGUAUCUUUCGGAACUGAUGCUGGAGACUCAAGCCUUAUCCUUCUUGCCCUCAGCUGAUGACUUUAAGGACUGUAUUACUGAGAUUAUUCAAAAAUUUCAGGAAACUGUGUUAUCACUUGCUAAUCUUGUGCCUGACUCGUACUUUGAUGCCUUUACUCAACCUACCAUCAAUAAUAAAACUGAAGAGAAAACUUGUGGAGAUGGGCCAAGCCUUGCUUCAAUGUUUGAAGAUGAUAAGCAUUUGCAUUCCAUAGUCCAGGAAAUAAAGGAAGCUCUUCAAUUUGCUUUUGAUGCAGCUAACGUGUACGCUGGUACAUUUGAAAGAUUCCGCCUGUUCUACAAAGAAAAUGAAGGUCUUGACUUAGAAGCACUUAGACAACAAGACCAUGGAGUUGCUUUCUUUGGUGAGCAGUUGAAAACUUAUCACACAGAACACAAGGAUGCCCUGGCUAUAAAACAAAAAAGAAAUCUGGGGAUGCUACUAAUUGAUACAACUCAACUUAAGAACAAACUCAUUCCAUCCCCCUUACGUUGCCUUGAGGCCAUAAAUGACAUGCUCCCAGUUCUUGCAAAAAAGAAAAUGGAUGCAAUUAUUGCAGAGGCACAGGAUGCUCAGUUUAAGCUUGAGUUUGUUCCAACUGCAACAACAGAGUAUGUGAACGGCCUGUUGUUUCUUGAUGAAAUACAGGAAAGGAUUGAGGUUCUUGAUGAGGAAACUGACGUUGUGGCUGAAAUGUAUAAACUAAUUGAUCAAUAUCGUGUUCCUACACCUCCUGAAGAUUUUGCUGUAUAUGCAACUCUAAAACCUUCCAUUGUUGCAGUCCGCAAUGUAAUAGAUAAAGCAGUGGGAGAUAGAGAAUCUAAUAUUACUAGAUUCUGUCAACAUUUAGACAAAGAUAUCUUAGAACUGAACAAGGAUGUCAAGGAACUGAAGCAGCAAGCUCAGGAUCCUCAGAUUUUAGAUAUCUCUGCAGAGAAACCGAAGAUAAAACAGUUACUAGAAGAAUUGCAUGCGAAGAUCGAUGACUUGCAAAAACAAGCAUUCCAGUACAAAACCUUUCAGAAAACUUUCAAGGUUGAAGUAACAAAAUAUGAUGCUUUGGAAGAACUUAGUGCUGAGCUCAAACUCAAAAGCCUGCUUUGGGAUUCACUUGAUGAAUGGGAUAUUCUUCAACUUGAAUGGCUGGAGUGCCCAUUUGAUACCUUGGACCCAGAACAACUAAGUUCACAAGUUACAAAGUAUGCAAAGUUUGUGAAUCAGUUGGAAAAGGGACUGCCUCCAAAUAAUGUUGUUCCAGAACUUAAAGAGAAAGUUGAGAUGAUGAAAGAAAAGCUUCCAGUAAUCGGUGACCUGCGAAAUCCAAACCUGAAGCAAAGACACUGGAACAUACUGGAAACCACUAUUGAUGCAAAAUUGACUGAGCAACCAUUAUCUCUCGCAAGACUGAUAGAAAUUAAAGCUUUUGAAUUUGCGCCGCAAAUUCAGGAUGUGUCGGGUCAGGCUUCAGGGGAAGCAUCUCUGGAGACCAUUCUUAAAAAGGUGGAAGAUUCCUGGAAAUCUACCGAAUUUGUUGUACUUCCCCAUCGUGAUUCUAAAGAUGUUUUCAUUCUUGGUGGUACAGAUGACAUUCAGGUCAAUCUUGAUGAUAGCACAAUUAAUGUAGCAACAGUAGCAUCGUCCCGCUAUGUGGGCCCUAUAAAACUACGUGUGGAUGAAUGGCAAAGACAGCUUGCUUUGUUUAGUCAAACACUGGAAGAAUGGCUAACAUGCCAGAGAAACUGGCUUUAUCUAGAAAGCAUUUUUAGUGCUCCAGACAUUCAAAGACAGCUUCCCGCAGAAGCCAAAAUGUUUCUUCAGGUUGACAAAUCGUGGAAAGAAAUAAUGAGAAAAGUAAACCGACUUCCAAAUGCACUUCGUGCAGCAACUCAACCUGGUCUCUUGGAAGCUUUCCAGAACAACAAUGCAUUACUUGAUCAGAUUCAAAAAUGCCUUGAAGCAUAUUUGGAGUCCAAGCGAGUUAUCUUUCCAAGAUUUUACUUUCUUUCCAAUGAUGAACUUCUGGAAAUUCUGGCACAGACGAGGAACCCACAGGCUGUUCAGCCACAUUUGAGAAAGUGCUUUGAUUCCAUUUCUAAACUGGAGUUUGCACUGAUUUCACAAACUGAGGGGAAGGUGACACCUGCUGUUGAAGGAGAGCAGGAGAAAGUCUUCAGCAAUGAUAUUUUAGCAAUGCUGUCUCCUGAAGGAGAAAGGGUUGGACUUGGAAAAGGUCUAAAAGCAAGAGGAAAUGUGGAAGAUUGGCUCGGAAAGGUUGAGGAAGCUAUGUUUUCUUCACUAAGACGUUUAAGCAAAGCAUCAAUCGCUGAUUACCAAAAUAAACCGAGAGUUAAGUGGGUCAUUGCUGGUCAUCCUUCUCAGGUUAUAUUAACUGUAUCCCAGUUAAUGUGGUGUCGAGACUUAAACCAGUGCUUAGAGGGGGAUGACCAUGAUCAUUUUGAAGCUUUGACUGAUUUUGAGAAAGAGAAUUUUGAGAGAUUGAAUGCCUUAGCUGCAUUAGUUCGCGGUUACCUUCCAAAGCUUCACCGAAAUAUAAUCACAGCACUUAUUACAAUUGAUGUGCACGCAAGGGACAUUGUCACUGAACUUGUCAAAGAAAAGGUGGAUUCAAGUUCAAGUUUUGAGUGGCAAAGACAGCUCCGUUAUUACUGGGACCUUGACAUAGACAACUGUGUUGCAAAAAUGGCUUUGUCUCACUACACCUAUGGUUAUGAAUAUCUAGGGGCAUGCCCUCGUCUGGUCAUUACUCCACUCACUGAUCGAUGCUACCUUUGCCUAAUGGGAGCUCUGCAGCUAGACUUGGGAGGAGCUCCUGCUGGACCUGCAGGUACUGGCAAAACAGAGACCACCAAAGAUCUUGCCAAGGCUCUUGCAAUCCAGUGUGUGGUGUUUAACUGCUCAGAUGGAUUGGAUUACAAGAUGAUGGGACGUUUCUUCAGUGGUUUAGCCCAGUCUGGUGCCUGGUGCUGUUUUGAUGAGUUUAAUCGAAUCGACAUUGAAGUUCUCUCUGUGAUUGCACAGCAACUCAUCACCAUAAGAAAUGCUAAGGCUGCAAAGCUGUCCAGGUUCAUGUUUGAAGGUCGUGAAAUUAAACUGGUAAUGACCUGUGCAGCAUUCAUUACAAUGAAUCCUGGGUAUGCAGGAAGAACUGAAUUGCCUGAUAAUCUGAAGGCUUUGUUCAGACCCAUUGCGAUGAUGGUUCCCAACUAUGCCCUAAUUGCAGAGGUUAUUCUUUACUCUGAAGGUUUUGUAUCUAGUAAGAUUUUGGCCAGAAAGAUGACUCAGAUGUAUAAACUCUGCAGUGAACAGCUUUCACAACAGGAUCAUUAUGACUUUGGGAUGAGGGCAGUUAAGUCUGUACUGGUAAUGGCUGGGUCCCUGAAGAGAGAGAACCCUGACCUGAGUGAGGAUGUGGUGUUGAUCCGAGCUUUACGAGAUUCCAACCUGCCCAAAUUCCUUACUGAUGAUGCUCUACUUUUUAGUGGAAUUCUUUCAGAUCUCUUUCCGGGUGUUAUCAUUCCAGAUCAUGAUUAUGGUGUUUUGCAGUCAACCAUUGUGGAGGUGAUGCUUAAACAUGACUUGCAAGCUUUGCCCAGUAUGAUUCAUAAAGUAAUUCAGCUUUAUGAAACUAUGAUUGUUCGCCAUGGUGUUAUGCUUGUUGGUCCAACUGGUGGCGGAAAAACUACAGUGUACACUGUCCUUGCUAACACCUUAGAGGCUUUACAUAGUGCUGGUGAGAACAAUCCAUAUUACUUGCCAGUUAAGACAUAUGUGCUAAACCCCAAAUCAGUUACAAUGGGAGAGCUGUAUGGAGAAGUCAACACUUUGACGCUGGAAUGGAGGGAUGGAUUAAUGGCGCUUAGUGUGCGAGCGGCUACCAAUGACACUUCAGAUGAUCAUAAAUGGAUCAUUAGUGAUGGCCCCGUGGAUGCGCUCUGGAUUGAGAAUAUGAAUACAGUGCUGGAUGAUAACAAGAUGCUUUGCCUUGCGAACAGUGAAAGAAUCAAACUUACGCCCUCGAUCCACAUGGUCUUUGAAGUAGAAGAUUUAAAGGUUGCAUCCCCAGCAACAGUUAGCCGCUGCGGUAUGGUUUACAUUGACUCUGAAGAACUGAAAUGGAUGCCAUAUGUGGAGACAUGGAUGACUGGCCUGUCGAAAAAAAUAAAUGAAGAAACCAGACAAUACCUGCUGGACCUUUUUAAUCGAUAUGUUGAAAAUGGGCUUCAUUUUGUUUCUAAGAAAUGCACACAGGCCAUUUCUCAGGUUGACAUUAGCAAAGUAACGACUCUCUGCUGCCUGCUGGAAUCUCUGCUGCUUGGAAAGGGAGGGCCUGAUCUAAAAAUGGAUCAGACGAAAUUAAACAGUAUACUUUGCCCGACUUUUGUUUUCUGUUAUCUGUGGUCAGUGGGUGGAAAUCUGACAGAAAAUUACUGGGAUGCUUUUGACACAUUUGUUAGACAACAAUUUGAUGAUAUCGCAGAAGCAAAGCUUCCAAGUUCUGGUGAUUUGUGGAGUGUUUACAUGGACUUCGAUAACAAGUGCCUGGAACCUUGGGAAAGAAUUAUCCCAAGUUUUAAGUACAAUAAUGAAACCCCGUUUUUUGAGAUGCUUGUACCAACAACAGACACCGUACGAUAUGGCUACCUAAUGGAACAAUUAUUAGCAGUAAAACAUUCAGUACUAUUCACUGGUAUAACAGGAGUGGGGAAGUCUGUUGUUGCCCGAGCACUGCUAAACAACAUUCAAGAUCAGGCAGGUUAUGUUCCUGUUUAUAUCAACUUCUCCGCUCAGACCUCUUCUGCCAGGACUCAGGAAAUGAUUGAAUCUAAACUAGAAAAGAAAAGAAAAAACAUAUUGGGGGCCCCAGGAAACAAGAAAGUCGUUAUUUUUGUAGAUGAUCUAAACAUGCCCAAAUUGGAUCGUUAUGGUUCCCAGCCUCCGAUUGAGUUACUUCGACAGUACCAAGACUUUGGAGGGUUCUAUGACAGAGAGAAAUUUUUCUGGAAAGAAAUUCAGGAUGUAACCAUCGCAGCUGCCUGCGCUCCUCCCGGUGGUGGUCGCAAUCCAGUAACUCCUCGUUUUAUUAGACACUUCAGCAUGCUGUGUCUGCCAACACCCUCCGAGCACAGCCUAAAACAAAUCUUUCAGGCCAUCCUAAAUGGGUUCUUAACAGAAUUUCCAAAUGCUGUAAAGCAGACUGCUGCAAGUAUUGUGGGUGCUGCAGUUGAAAUUUACCGCAGGAUGAGCAUUGAUCUUCUUCCUACACCAGCAAAGUCCCAUUAUGUGUUCAAUUUACGUGAUUUAUCAAAGUGUGUGCAGGGAAUUCUUCAGUGUGAGCCAGGCUCUGUGAGAGACCAAAAGCAAAUAUUCCGACUUUUUUGCCAUGAAUGCCAAAGAGUUUUCCAUGAUCGCCUAAUCAACAAUGAAGACAAAAGCUAUUUUAAUUCAAUGAUAUCCGAGAUGGCCGGCAAAUAUUUUGGAUUUCAGAUUGAGCCGUCAUACUUUGUAACUAAGCCCAUCAUUUUUGGAGACUUCAUGAAGGUUGGGGUAGAUAAAGCUGACCGCAUCUAUGAAGAUUUGACUGAUAUAGGCAAGAUAAAAUCUGUUCUUCAAGACUACCUAGAUGAUUACAAUAUGACCAAUUCCAAAGAAACAAAGCUGGUAUUUUUCCAGGAUGCUGUGGAGCAUGUUUCAAGGAUUGCCCGGAUGAUUCGACAAGAAAGAGGAAAUGCUCUUCUGGUUGGUGUUGGGGGUACUGGCAAGCAAUCCCUAACACGACUUGCUGCCAACAUGUGUGGGUACAAGUGCUUUCAGAUUGAACUCAGCCGAGGCUAUAACUAUGACAGCUUCCAUGAUGAUCUGAGAAAACUAUACAAAUUGGCAGGAGUCGAAGGGAAAGAUAUGGUAUUUCUUUUCACAGACACACAGAUUGUUGUGGAGGAGUUCUUGGAAGAUAUAAACAACAUGCUCAACUCUGGGGAAGUGCCUAAUCUGUUUGAGAAGGAUGAACUUGAGCAAGUUCUUGCAGCAACUCGACCUAAAGCAAAAGAAGCUGGAAUACCAGAAGGAAACAGAGAUGAGGUCUUCCAAUAUUUUAUCUCUCGGGUGCGUGAAAAACUACACAUUGUGCUGUGCAUGAGCCCCGUUGGAGAUGCAUUCCGAGCACGUUGUCGAAUGUUUCCAUCUCUGGUAAACUGCUGUACCAUAGACUGGUUUGUUCAGUGGCCAAGAGAAGCUCUUCUGUCUGUUUCAAAGACUUUCUUUAAAAACAUUGACCUUGGGAAUGAGGAAAUGAAAGACAGGUUUUCAGAAAUGUGUGUUGAAAUUCAUGUGAGUGUAACAGAGAUGGCAGAUCAAUAUUUUGCUGAGCUACGGCGAAGGUAUUACACAACUCCCACAUCGUAUCUGGAAUUGAUCAACCUGUAUUUAUCAAUGUUGGGGGAGAAAAGAAAACAACUGGUGUCGGCCCGGGAUCGUGUCAAGAAUGGCUUAACCAAACUGCUUGAAACAAACGUAUUAGUAGAUAAAAUGAAAGUAGAACUGUCAGCGCUGGAACCAGUCCUAAAACAGAAGUCCGUGGAUGUGGAUGCUUUGAUGAAGAAACUGAGCGUGGAUCAAGAAAAGGCAGACAGGGUUCGACGGGUAGUAAUGGAAGAUGAAGCAACUUCUAAAGUAAAGGCUGAGGAGACACAGGCCAUUGCAGAUGAUGCCCAACGGGAUCUGGACGAAGCUCUGCCUGCUCUAGAAGCUGCAAACAAAGCACUUGACUCUUUGGAUAAAGCAGAUAUUUCUGAAGUUAGAGUGUUUCCAAAGCCUCCUGAUCUUGUACAGACUGUUAUGGAAGCUAUCUGUAUUCUGCUUAAUGCAAAGCCUGACUGGAGUAGUGCAAAGCAAGUUCUGGGAGAUUCCAAUUUCCUGAGGAAGCUUAUGGAGUAUGAUAAAGACAACAUAAAACCACACAUCUUGCAGAAACUCCAAAAAUACAUACAUAAUCCAGAUUUUAUACCAGAAAAGGUUGAGAAAGUAUCCAAAGCCUGUAAAUCCAUGUGCAUGUGGGUGAGAGCUAUGGAUUUAUACUCCAGAGUAGUGAAGGAAGUUGAGCCAAAAAGACAAAAACUUAACGCAGCACAGAUAGAACUUGAUUUCACAAUGUCAACCCUUAAAGAAAAGCAGAAACAACUGAUGGCUGUAGAGGAAAAAAUUAAAGUGCUCCAGAAUCAAUUUGACAGCAGUGUUGCAGAGAAAGAGACCCUUGUUAAAACAAUGGCUCUUACUGAGGCUCGGCUGAUCCGUGCUGGAAAGCUUACAGCAGCUUUGGGAGAUGAACAGAUCCGUUGGCAAGAAAGCAUUGCUAAUUUUGAAGAAGAAAUAGGAAAUGUGACAGGAAAUGUGUUUAUUGCUGCUGCCUGUGUUGCAUAUUAUGGAGCCUUUACAUCUCAUUACAGACAACUGCUAAUAGACUGGUGGAUUAAACGCUGCCAAGAGCUUCAGAUUCCUAUUAGCUCAAACUUUAGCCUUAUAAAUAUAUUAGGUGAUCCCUAUGAAAUCCGGCAAUGGAAUACUGAUGGUUUGCCUCGAGACAAUGUGUCAACGGAAAAUGGUAUUCUUGUGACAAGAGGGCGACGAUGGCCUCUGAUGAUUGAUCCCCAAGACCAGGCAAAUCGCUGGAUAAGAGCCAAAGAAACUAAGAAUGGAUUGAAAGUAAUUAAACUGACUGACACUGGUUUCUUGCGUACCUUGGAAAAUGCUAUAAGAUUGGGCAUGCCUGUCCUACUAGAAGAGCUUAAGGAGACUUUGGACCCAGCUUUGGAGCCGAUUUUAUUGAAACAAACCUUCGUUACUGGUGGAAGAAUGCUGAUUCGACUUGGAGACUCUGAUAUUGACUAUGACAAAAAUUUUAGAUUCUACAUGACAACUAAAAUGUCAAACCCCCAUUACCUCCCAGAGGUGUGUAUAAAAGUUACAAUUAUCAACUUCACUGUGACAAAAUCAGGCCUGGAAGAUCAGCUACUAAGUGAUGUGGUGAGACUGGAGAGACCUGAUCUGGAAGAACAAAGAAACCAGCUGAUUGUCAGAAUAAAUUCAGAUAAAAAUCAACUGAAAGCCAUUGAAGACAGAAUUCUAAAACUUUUGUUCACUUCAGAGGGAAACAUUUUAGACAAUGAAGAGCUUAUUAAAACUCUCCAGGAAUCAAAGGUAACUUCAGGUGCCAUUAAAUGUAGAUUACAAGAAGCAGAAGCAACUGAAGUGAAGAUUAAUGCGGCACGAGAAAAGUACCGCUCUGUUGCAACUCGGGGAUCUGUCAUGUACUUUGUAAUUGCCAGUCUCUCAGAAAUAGAUCCGAUGUAUCAGUUCUCCUUGAAGUACUUCAAACAGUUGUUCAAUAUGACGAUUGAAACCUCUCAGAAAAGCAAUGAUUUGGAUGAGCGCUUGACUAUCUUACUGGAUCAAACUCUGUUCACCAUGUAUACCAGCAUCUCCCGGGGUCUCUUUGAGCAACACAAACUGAUUUACAGCUUCAUGCUGUGUAUCGAAAUCAUGCGCCAAAGAGAUGAAAUCUCAGAUGCUGAAUGGAAUUUCUUCCUAAGAGGGGCUGCAGGUUUAGAUAAGGAACACGCUGGCAAGCCUGACAUUCCGUGGCUAACAGACUUCAUGUGGCAGGCCUGCUGUGAUUUAGAGGACAGGUUACCAGGUUUCAAGGGAAUCAAACAAGAAAUAGUGGGGACGCCCAUUUUCAUUAAACUAGGGCGUCUUGAAAUUAAUAUCAACCCAGAAUCAUGGAAGGGAUAUGUCUCGGAGUUACCACCAUACCGUCCAGAUGGCAAAGAUACUAAUGUAAUCCGUGGACAGUGGAAUGAAAGACUCACUGUUUUUCAAAAAUUAAUCCUCAUCAAAAGCUUUGUGGAAGAAAAGGUGGUGUUUGCAGUCACAGACUUUGUAAUAGAAAGCCUUGGAAAACAAUUUGUAGAGAAUCCUCCAGUAGAUCUGGCCACUUUGUACAAUGACAUGUCUCCUUCUACUCCACUGGUCUUCAUUUUAAGUACAGGCUCUGACCCCAUGGGAGCUUUCCAGAGGUUUGCAAGAGAACGAGGAUACUUAGAUCGGGUACAGUCAAUAUCAUUGGGACAAGGGCAGGGGCCCAUUGCUGAGAAAAUGAUCAAAGCAGCUCUUAAAACAGGAAACUGGAUAUAUCUUCAAAACUGUCAUUUAGCAGUGUCCUGGAUGUUAGCCAUGGAAGAACUGAUCAAAACAUUCACAGAGCCAAGUGCAUCCAUUCAUAAGAACUUUCGACUGUUUCUGAGCUCCAUGCCUACAAACGCCUUUCCAGUAACUGUUCUGCAAAAUUCUGUCAAGGUUACUAAUGAACCUCCGAAAGGGCUUCGUGCAAAUAUCAGAAGAGCCUUCACAGAAAUCACAAAUACAUUUUUUGAGGAACAUAUACUUGGGAGGCAAUGGAGAAAAAUAAUCUUUGGAAUGUGCUUCUUCCAUGCAAUUAUUCAGGAAAGAAAAAAGUUUGGACCACUUGGGUGGAAUAUUCGCUAUGAAUUUAAUGACAGUGACAGAGAGUGUGCUCUGCUGAACCUAAACCUUUAUUGCCAUGAAGGAAGUAUCCCAUGGGAUGCUCUUGUCUACAUUACAGGGGAGAUUACUUAUGGUGGAAGAGUCACAGAUGCUUGGGACCAACGGUGUUUGCGCACCAUCCUAAAAGGAUUUUUCUCCCCUCCGAUACUGAAUAAGAAUUACAAAUAUUCAGCAUCAGGUAUGUAUUAUGCUCCUGAGGAGGACAGCUUGCAAAAUUACAGAGAAUACAUUGAAAAGCUCCCCUUAAUUGAUGACCCAGAGAUAUUUGGAAUGCACGAAAAUGCCAAUUUGGCUUUCCAGCGCCAGGAGACCUCCACUCUAAUUAACACUAUACUUGAAGUUCAGCCAAGAUCUUCUGCACGAGGGACUGGGAAAAGCAAUGAUGAAAUAGUUCAAGAGCUUGCUGACUCGAUUUUGGCAAAACUUCCAGAAAAACUUGACAUGGAAGCUGCAUCGGAAGGCCUAUUUGCCAAAGAUGCAAAUGGACGUUUGGAUUCAUUGACUACAGUGUUAGGACAGGAGGUAGAUCGCUUUAACAACCUGUUGAAGAAACUAAGAACCUCAUUAGAAACACUAAAGAAAGCAAUUGCUGGUUUUGUGGUUAUGUCAGAAGAGAUGGAAAAAAUUUACCAUAGUUUUCUUAACAAUCAAGUUCCCGAUCAAUGGGCCAAUGCAGCUUACCCUUCUCUGAAGCCCUUAGGAGGGUGGGUGAAAGACCUGGCGCUUAGGACCGCAUUUAUUGAUAAUUGGAUCAGAAGAGGUCAGCCCAAGUCAUUCUGGAUCUCAGGGUUCUUCUUUCCACAAGGGUUUCUAACAGGUGUUCUGCAAAACCAUGCUCGAAAGUACAACCUUCCCAUUGACGAGCUUAACUUCAGUUAUACUGUUUUUCCUGUGUAUCGUGAUCAAGCAGCUGCAGCAGAGGCAUUAAAAACACUGCAAUUUGGACAAGAACUGGAGAUGGACACCCAGUUACCCUCUCCAAAAAAUGGCGUAUUAGUGCAUGGAAUGUUUAUGGAUGCCAGUCGCUGGGAUGAUAAAGACAUGGUAAUUGAAGAUGCUAUGCCAAGACAAAUGAAUCCUAUGUUACCAGUAGUUCAUUUUGAACCCCAGCAAAACUACGUGCCAAAUCCGACAUUAUAUCAUGCACCGCUCUACAAAACUGGAGCCAGAGCAGGAACACUUUCAACAACAGGUCAUUCAACAAACUUUGUUGUAACAGUGCUGUUGCCAUCAAAACAACCCAAUGACUACUGGAUAGCCAAAGGAUCUGCUCUGCUGUGCCAGCUGAAUGAAUAAAGCAGCCUUCAUACUUCAAUCUUAGAUGACACCAGUGGUUUAGUUUCAGAAGAAAUACAAUGCAGUUCUAACAACGUAUAUUUUAAACAAAAUGUUUAUUAGUAGUAGUAAUAGUAUUAUUAGUAGUAGUCUUAGUAAUAAACCAUUUUAAAACCAUAAUUUAUUGUAAUGGAGAAUUUAACAUGCUGAUUAUAUGCAUUAGCUUUGAAAUAUAUAUUUUCAAAUUGAAUUGUAACAAUAAAAAUGCUUUCUCUUGCUGUGAUGCUUCUCUUUAUUGGU